AUGGCCGGCGCCGGCGCCCUGACGGUGGCGAGGGACUACCGGAGGGGGAACUGGACGCUGCCGGAGACGAUGCUGCUGAUCGAGGCCAAGCGGAAGGUGCACGAGGAGCGGCACCCAGGGGACCAGGUCCUGGCGCGGUGGCGCUGGGUCGAGGACUACUGCUGGCGCGCCGGGUGCCGGCGCAGCCACAACCAGUGCAACGACCGCUGGGACAACCUCAUGCGGGACUACAAGAAGGUGCGCGCCUACGAGGUGGCCGGCGCCGGCGCCGGCAGAGCGCCCAGCUACUGGGCGAUGGGCAGAGCGGAGAGGAAGGAGAAGGGCCUCCCGAGCAACCUCCUCCGCGAGAUAUACGACGCCAUGGGCGAGGUCAUCGAGAGGAGGAUGAGCUUGGGUGGCUGCGGUGGCGGCAGUGGCGGUGGCGCCGGCGGGACGUUCUUGGGGGCGUCCUCCGGCCUCCUCGACGUCCCCAUGCAGGCUUCCCCGCUCGCCCAGUUCCUGCCCCGAUCUCUACCUCUAGAACAAGAGACGCGGCAUCACGGGUACCGCGUGGCGCAUUUCAGCCCCGAGUCGCCGGACAGGAAGAGGAGGCGGCCAUCGCUGGACGACCUGCGGCCAGGGAUAGGGAGCAGCACGCCACCAGCGCCGGGAACGCACGUCCACCGUCAGGAACAAGGACACCGCCACCGCGAGGACGACGACGAUCACGGCCGCGACGGCGAGAGCUCCGACUCCGAGCGCUCCGACGAGGAGGAGGAGGAGGAGGUCCUGAGCGGCGCGAUCGGUCGGUGCGCGGCGAUCCUGUCGGAGGCUCUGGAGAGCCGGGAGGCCGCGGAGGAGCGGCGGCACCGGGAGGUGAUGGCCGUGGAGGAGCGGCGCGGGCGAGCGCUGCAGGCGCGCCGCGAGGCCGGCCAGCAGUGCGUGGCCGAGCUUGCCGCGGCCGUGAACCAGCUCGCCGGGUCCAUGCUGGCGCUCGCCGCCGCCAAGCACAAGGACAAGGGCGGCGCGGCGCCGCCCAAGUGA